AACCGCAGUAAAUUGAACGAGUGACGGAAGUUACUGUUCAGUGGCGUCGAUACACUUCCUUUUCUGUCAAAAUAGUUGACCAAGAUGAUCGGCAACAAGAUUAUCAAGCCCGGUGGCGCUGAGCCUGAUGACUUUGAAAAGUCUAUUGCCCAAGCUCUUUUGGAGCUGGAAGCCAACAGCGACCUGAAGCCAUAUCUGAGAGAUUUGCACAUCACUCGUGCUCGUGAGAUUGAGUUCGGCACCAAGAAGGCUGUCAUUAUCUACGUUCCAAUCCCACAACAAAAGACGUUCCAAAAAAUCCAAAUCAUUUUGGUUCGUGAGUUGGAGAAGAAGUUCUCUGGCAAACACGUUGUUGUAAUUGGUGAACGCAAAAUCCUGCCCAAACCUACCCGCAAGGCCAGGAAUCCAUUGAAGCAAAAGAGGCCACGUUCCCGUACUCUGACCGCUGUAUACGAUGCUAUUCUGGAAGAUUUGGUCUUCCCAGCGGAAAUUGUUGGCAAACGUAUUCGCGUUAAGUUGGACGGCGCCCAAUUGAUAAAAGUGCAUUUGGACAAGAAUCAACAAACUACCAUUGAACACAAAGUUGACACCUUCACAUCAGUGUACAAAAAACUCACCGGUCGGGAUGUAACUUUCGAAUUCCCAGACAACUUCUUGAACGUUUAAUUUUUUAGUCGAUCUAAAAAAGGGGGAAAUAUUAAAUAGAUCCGGAAGCAGAUAUGCUAUUCGCAACAUAUUUGAAAAAAAGUAACAAGUAAUAAAAUUUUUAAAAGAAA